UUUGAUUGAAAGUGGAUGGAGUCAUCAUGUGAACGACGACCCAUCGAUGUUUUUAAGCCAUCAGUGAGUCAUGAUGAUGGAAAAUCAUUUGAUAGGAAGCAUGAGGGAUUGAAUGUGAAAGUACUGAGAAUGCAAGGGGAGGCAUCGGGGAAUUCUGGAAGUACGACGGGUGUUAGGCAUAAGUGGAUGGCUUUUAAGGAAGAAGGGAAAAAAUCAGAGAUUACUGCUGGAAAUGCUGAUGAGGUAAGGGAGAAGGAGAAUGAAGGACAAGGCAAUAGAAGCAAUCGGGUGCUCUCAGGAGCUAGCAUAGCUGAAAGGACUGCAGAAUGGGGACUGGUGGUCAGGACUGAUGUGGGAGAAGGUAGCUUUCAUGCAAUAGGGAUGAAUGAAAAUAAUUCUUUCGGAGAUGGAGAAAGAAGCAAGGGCUCAUCAGAUAAAUUCUUGGCGGACUCAAGGAGGACGUCAGACGAAUCUGAAGCUCCUGUUCCAAGAGUAUCUCAGGAGUUAAAGGAUGCUUUAGCGACUUUGCAACAGACUUUUGUUGUGUCUGAUGCAACUAAGCCGGACUGUCCUAUAAUGUAUGCUAGCAGUGGCUUUUUCAGCAUGACUGGGUAUUCAUCAAAGGAAGUUAUUGGGAGGAACUGUCGCUUUCUACAGGGACCAGAUACAGACCCUAAAGAGGUAGAAAAGAUACGUACUGCUGUAAGAACAGGAUCAAGUUAUUGUGGAAGGCUCUUGAACUACAAGAAGAAUGGAACCCCAUUUUGGAAUCUGCUAACAAUCACCCCAAUCAAAGAUGACAGUGGGAGGGCUAUAAAAUUUAUAGGAAUGCAGGUUGAGGUCAGCAAAUACACUGAGGGUAUAGCUGACAGUGCAGUACGACCAAAUGGGCUUCCCCAGUCAUUAAUCCGAUAUGAUGCUCGUCAGAAGGAAAACGCCUUAGGAUCCAUCACUGAGGUCGUGCAAACCAUAAAACAUCCACGUUCUCUCAUCCGGUCAUUGAGUCAUGAUAUUACAGCCAAGGUUGAAAGUGAGAAGUUUAAUAUUGAUUAUAUGCUUCCCGGACCAGCUGUAACAGAGAAUGUAGCAACAUCUGGUAGACAAACUCCACACCAUGACUUCAGCAAAAAAUCAAGAAAGUCAGCGCGCAUUUCGUUAAUGGGGUUUAAGUUGAGGUCAGCGAGCUAUGCAGGAAGGGAGGAACCAAUCAUUGAGCCUGAAAUCUUGAUGACAAGAGACAUAGAAAGAACGGACAGUUGGGAACGAGCUGAAAGAGAUAGGGAUAUUCGUCAAGGAAUAGACCUAGCAACUACUUUGGAACGAAUUGAGAAGAAUUUUGUCAUUACAGAUCCCAGACUUCCUGAUAAUCCAAUUAUUUUUGCAUCUGAUAGCUUUCUAGAAUUGACUGAGUACACGCGUGAAGAAAUUUUAGGACGAAAUUGCAGAUUCCUUCAGGGGCCAGAGACAGAUCAAGCAACUGUUUCAAGGAUAAGAGAUGCCAUCAGAGAACAAAAGGAAAUUACUGUGCAGUUGAUUAACUAUACUAAGAGUGGAAAGAAAUUCUGGAAUUUAUUUCAUCUGCAACCUAUGCGUGAUCAAAAGGGAGAACUUCAAUACUUCAUUGGUGUCCAACUAGAUGGAAGUGAUCAUGUGGAACCCCUAAGAAACCGACUCUCAGAAACAACUGAACAGAAAAGUUCUAAAUUGGUCAAAGCUACAGCAGAAAAUGUUGAUGAAGCUGUAAGAGAACUUCCUGAUGCCAACUUGAGACCAGAAGACUUAUGGGCAGUGCACUCUCAACCUGUCUAUCCAAGGCCUCACAAAAAGUAUAAUGCUUAUUGGGAAGCAAUACAGAAGAUCACGGCAACUGGUGAAAGAAUUGGACUUCAUCAUUUUAAACCAAUACGACCCUUGGGAUGUGGAGACACUGGCAGUGUUCAUUUGGUGGAACUGAAAGGAUCAGGUCAAUUAUAUGCAAUGAAGGCAAUGGAUAAAUCUAUAAUGAUGAACCGUAACAAGGUUAGAAUGGUUCACAGAGCAUGCAUUGAAAGGGAAAUCAUUUCACUGCUAGAUCAUCCAUUCCUUCUAACGCUGUACGCAUCUUUUCAGACACGCACACAUGUCUGUUUAAUAACUGACUUUUGUCCUGGAGGAGAGUUAUUUGCGUUGCUUGACAAGCAGCCUAUGAAGACAUUCAGAGAGGAUUCAGCAAGGUUCUACGCAGCAGAGGUUGUAAUAGGUUUGGAAUAUCUCCACUGUUUAGGGAUCAUUUAUCGAGACCUAAAACCAGAAAAUAUACUACUCGAAAAGGAUGGGCAUGUUGUAUUAACAGACUUUGAUCUAUCCUUUAAGACAACCUGUAAACCCCAAAUUAUAAAGCAUUCGCCACCCAAGAGAAGAAGAUCUAGGAGUGAACAACCACCACUAUUUGUUGCAGAACCAGUUUCACAAUCAAACUCUUUUGUUGGAACGGAAGAGUACAUUGCACCGGAAAUCAUUACUGGCGAAGGCCACAGUAGUGCUAUUGAUUGGUGGGCUGUUGGUAUCUUGCUCUAUGAGAUGCUUUAUGGCCGUACUCCUUUCAGGGGAAAGAAUAGGCAGAAGACAUUUGCCAACAUCCUCUACAAAGACCUCACAUUCCCCAGUAGUAUUCCGGUAAGCCUUGCAGGGCGGCAGUUGAUCAAUGCCUUGUUACAUAGGGAUCCUGCCAGCCGUUUAGGUUCAAAUGGAGGUGCAAAUCAGAUAAAAGAACAUCCUUUCUUCCGUGAAAUAAAUUGGCCCCUCAUUCGGCACAUGAGCCCACCACCUCUAGAUGCACCUCUCAAGUUAAUUGGGAAGCAUUCUAAUGCCAAAGAUGUACAGUGGGAUGAUGAGGGAGUGCUCGCUGAUUCAAUGGAAGUCUUCUGAAGAUUGAACUUCUCAAAAAUAUGUUUUCCACAAAGACGGGACUUUCAGCACGAUGCAUGGAUUUUUAUAUUGUAUAGAAAACAAACACCAAAUCCUGGUUUUUGUGUGCCCACUUUUCACAAAUUGGAUAACAGAUGAUCCUCAUGGGAAUAUGGAUUGAGGCUGCUACCUCCAUUCUCCUUCACAGCCUGAUGUAAUCUAAUCUAAUAGUGAGCAGCUUACUGCAGAUGGUACUAGGUGGUGUACUGUAUCUACUUUUUUUAGUGUAGAAAAUAAGUUAUUGGCUUAGAAAAGGCUCUAAUAUUAAAGGAAGAAAUUUGAAUUAAUCAUCAGUUUGCAAGUUAUCAAUGCCAAAA